UGUGAGUCUAUCUUGACUCUGAGGAGCUCUUGGAUUUUGCGCUGACAGAGCGGACAGGUCGCUUCAUCUUUCCCGUCAGACACAUCGGAGCCGCCGUGUUUUUCUUUUCACAGCAGCGUGACACACAUCAUGUCGGAUUUCGAGGAGUUUGAGAAACAGCUGAGCGAGAAUCGACAGGAGCGAGAGAGGGAGCGGCACAAGAAGAGGAGUCGCAGCGGAUCUCCCGGACGAGGUGACAAGCAUCGCAGCUGGAGCAAAGACCGAGGUAGCCGCAGCCGGGAGAAACGCAGCCGUAGCCGGGACAGGAAGAGCCGGGAUCGCCGCAGCUCCUCCCGAGACCACAAGAAGCACAGCCACUCUCCAAGACGAACGAGGAAGAAAAGGACCUGCAAAUAUUGGGACGUGCCUCCUCCUGGCUUUGAACACAUCACACCAAUGCAAUAUAAAGCUAUGCAAGCGGCCGGCCAGAUUCCAACAAUAGCUCUGCUGGCAACGUCCACCACUACUGGAGUAGCUGCAGCCCCGACACAAGUGCCCAUAGUCGGCAGUCAGAUGACGAGACAAGCCAGGCGCCUCUACGUUGGCAACAUCCCGUUUGGAGUGACUGAGGAGUCCAUGGCCGAGUUCUUUAACGCCCAGAUGCGCCUCGCGGGACUCUCACAAGCCCCGAGUAACCCCGUUCUCGCCGUGCAGAUUAACCAGGAUAAGAACUUUGCUUUCCUAGAGUUUCGGUCUGUGGAUGAGACGACGCAGGCCAUGGCCUUCGAUGGGAUCAUUUUCCAGGGUCAGUCGCUCAAGAUCAGACGACCUCACGACUAUCGGCCGUUACCCGGAAUCUCAGAGCAGCCGGCGUUCCACGUCCCAGGCGUCGUCUCCACUGUUGUUCCCGAUUCCCCUCAUAAACUGUUCAUAGGAGGCCUCCCCAACUACCUUAAUGACGACCAGGUUAAGGAGCUCCUGACGUCGUUCGGGCCGCUCAAAGCGUUCAACCUGGUGAAGGACAGUGCCACGUCACUGUCGAAAGGUUACGCCUUUUGCGAAUACGUAGACAUCAGCGCCACCGAUCAGGCUGUAGCCGGGCUCAAUGGGAUGCAGCUGGGCGACAAAAAGCUGAUCGUCCAGAGGGCGAGCGUGGGAGCUAAAAACGCCAAUCCUACCUCCAUCAUAGAGACGCCGGUGACGCUGCAGGUGCCUGGGCUUCAGAGGCUCCAGAACUCUGGCAUGCCCACAGAGGUGCUGUGCCUUCUCAAUAUGGUGAUGCCCGAGGAGCUGGUGGACGACGAGGACUACGAGGAGAUCCUCGAGGACAUCCGCGAGGAGUGCUGCAAGUACGGCACUGUCCGCUCCAUCGAGAUCCCCAGGCCUGUCGACGGCGUGGAAGUACCCGGCUGCGGAAAGAUCUUCGUCGAGUACGUCUCUGCUGCAGACUGUCAGAAAGCCAUGCAAGCCCUCACUGGACGCAAGUUUGCCAACAGAGUGGUGGUCACCAAAUACUACGACCCCGACAUGUACCACAGACACGAGUUCUGAAAGCACAGACACGUCCCUCCUUGUUUUCCGUUUGUGGGCUGGGCGUCAGUCUGCUUCCCUCCUCCUCUGAUCGUCGUGAUCCUGUCCUUUAGAGACCAGAGCUGGAGCAGUUUUAUUGCUGGACUGCAGUGUGUGUGUGUGUGUGUGUGUGCGUGUGUGUGUGUGUGUCUUCAGUACUAAAUAACUUCCAGCUUUUGCCUAACACCCAGACUGUGAGUGAACUCAUUCUGAACUUAAAAGAUACUCUAGUAUACAUAACAUUUGCCGUAGAAUGAAUGUGACAUGUAUCUUACCUACACUAAUACUGCCUGACAAUUUCAGAGUAGCUAUCUAUCAAGUAUGCACUGUACGAGAAAAAAACAACAACCGUCAAAUGUUUGGAUUUUCUUCCUGAGCACAAACGUUCAUGUCGGGUUUGAAAAGCCAUCGUAAUGUUUCUUCCGUGGCUUUGAGAAAAAGAAACGUGUUCAUUUAUUUAUUUAUUUAUUUUUCGAGAGUAAUAUUUCCUGCUAUAUAUGUCACAUGUUAAUGUUCCUUAAACAUAUACAGUGCUGUGUGCUGCUUACAUAGACCAAAUGUUGACUUGUUUCAUGUCAGUAAAGCCUGAGUGGCGACUUUGUAAAUACUAUCAGAGAUACAUUCGAUUGGCAAAACACUAAAAGCUGCCUUAAUUCGAGAGUAAUCAAAACCAGAUUUGAAAAGUUUCAGCUGGAAACUUUUGAUCAGACAAAGGGACAGUUGACCCAUGGUUAAACCCUCCACCUGAGGGGUGUAUGUUCUCAUUUCCAACUCUGCACCUUUAUUCUGGGACUCCACUAAAGCAGCUCUGCAUGAUUCUGUUCAAAAACACUGUUAUUCACUUUCAUCCUUUCUGUGAAACACAUUGUAGAUCCUGCGUCUUUAAGACACCCCCCCUUCCUUCCCAAAACGCUUACCUUAUUCUGAUUAGCCAAUUUUGGGAAGCCUGCUGAGGGGCAGGACCAAGUUAGCUUUGUGAGCUGUAAGCUGUGCUGAACUGCUGUGACCUGUGAGUAUUUAUUCGACCCCAUGUGUGGGUCAAACACUGAUUGGUUGAAAAGUUGGCAGGAACGUAGAAGGCAGUCACACCAGUGUUCACGACGAAUGAGAGAAUUACAAAAAAAAACAUCAAAGUUUUUAAAAAAUACAAUGUGAGAAGUGCAGACAGCAUCUGGGGAUUUUUUUAUUUAUUUUUUUUAUCAGAUUUGAUUUGUGAUUCUCCACAAGCAGUUUUAAUGUGCCGCUCGUCACUGAAAUUAAAGUAAAUUUUGAUAAUGUGUCAUAAAAAAAGUCCCCAGAGCAGUUUCAGGAUGUCUGCUGGGGUUUAGAGGAACUUUGUUAGAGCAACAAAUGUGUAUUUGGCUGUCGUGACACUUUGUUAGGUUACAGGUAAAACAAAACCAAAACAAAACCGCCUCCUUCUGGCCAAGCUGUGUAGCUCCAUCAUUAUUUGCAGCACUUUUCAGCUUAAUUUAUUAUUGAUUACUGAUAACUUUGACCUGGGUAAGGAUCAGAACUCGUGAUCAUGAAAGCUAGCUGUUUUACUAAAACUCAGAAAUAUUUUAUACGUUGCUGCCUUCAUAGGGGAUGCAGCAGUGUUUCAGACCUUUAAAUAAGAUUUUUAAAUGCAUUUGAACAGUUUUCUACAUUUAUUAGAGAGCGAUUCCACUUCCUGGUAUUCCUAAAGGUGGCUGUAGUUCAUCCAGAAGACCAGCAGGGGGCUGAGUGUAACUUUUUCAAUGAACUGAAUGAAUGGAGCCAAACAGCUAAUAAAAAUGUUUACGUUGUAUCUUAGUUUUCGUAUUAGUUAGUACCUAGUAUUGAUAAAAUGUCCUAACUUAAGUGGUUAGUUUUUCUUACAGGGAGGCAGAUUCGGCUCAUCAAAUCUUCGCCUUCUGCUGCUUGACUGAGUUUCUUUCUAUUAAACAGGAAGUCCAUGAUUUGGGGACUAGAAGUUAAAAUUUAAAAAAGUAAUUUUCGCUUCUUCCGUUGUUGGUUUUAAUCAGUUUCCACACAUCAUGUCGCUUUCCUGCUUUAUUUUUGUGAAUAACCUGAUGUAGUGACAGCAAAAAAAGGUGCAAGGGUUUAACAAAAGGUCGACUGUGUCCGUCUAACCAUAAAUAUUCAGAAAUUAAUUUUAAAAAUCAGACGAAGUAACCAUGGUCUUAAUUAAAACCACAAAGCAGAUGAACACAUGCUGAGAAAAGCACCUUUAAGUUGUGUAGAUAGCCAACUGAGCAUUUUUUAAGCUUUAUUGUUUGUGUGCUGCUGUUUUGCAUCUGUUGAAGAAAAAUGUAUGAAAUUAAUUUAUUCUGAAGUAUCUUAAAUCUGCUUAGAAAGUGCAGGCACACAAAUAUGAACUAAGACACCAGAGACUGGAAGGAAAGCCCGUAUUUGCACAUGCAGCGAUGUUCUGUAGGCAAACGUGUAUUUUAUUGUAAUAAACAGAACACAUCAGAUGGUGAUAAACACACUGCUGUAUUUUCUACAGUUUUGAAUGGUUCAAAGGUUUAAAACAUGUUUAGUUUGUACGACUCCCCAUCCUUCCAUGCCAUCGCCUCAAAUAAAUGCUUGCAUCCAC